GCGGGGGCGCUGCGGGGCGGCGCGGCCAUGGCGGCCGCUCGGUGUCUCGGCGCGGCGGCGGCGCUGGGCAGCCGGUUCUGUGGUGCAGCACUGAGAGAUCACAGCCUGAGACCUCGGCAGCCCUUCCACCCCCUCCAGCAGAAGAGAGCCUUUCCCCCACCUGCAGGCUGGCAGAACGCAGCCAGGAGCCUCUUUAUUCAAACUCAGGACACACCAAACCCAAACAGUCUGAAGUUCAUCCCGGGGAAGGAGGUGCUGGAGUCGAGGACAAUGGAGUUUUCCAGCCCAGCUGCAGCCUUUUGCUCACCUUUAGCAAGGCAGCUCUUCCGAAUUGAAGGAGUCAAAAGUGUUUUCUUUGGACCAGACUUCAUCACAAUCACCAAGGAGAGUGAAGACCUGGACUGGAACCUGCUGAAGCCAGACAUUUAUGCCACCAUAAUGGAUUUCUUUGCCUCUGGCUUGCCUAUAGUCACUGAAGAGGCACCCAGGACAGACACAGCUGCCUCAGAAGAAGAUGAUGAAGUUGUGCUGAUGAUUAAGGAGCUGCUGGACACAAGGAUAAGGCCAACGGUGCAAGAAGAUGGUGGAGAUGUUAUCUACAAGGGCUUUGAGGAUGGCAUCGUGCAGCUGAAGCUGCAGGGCUCCUGCACCAGCUGCCCCAGUUCCAUCAUCACCCUGAAGAAUGGGAUACAGAACAUGCUGCAGUUCUACAUCCCCGAGGUGGAAGGUGUGGAGCAGGUCGUGGAUGACGAGGAGGAUGUGGAGAAGGAAGCAAACCCUACCUGAGGCAAAGGAGUGUCACCUGCUGGUGCCCUUACACCACCUGCGUGCUGAGGAACACCCACCCUGGCCUUGUCUGUGCAGAGCAGGAGCUGAGCCCUGCCAGCAGCCCUCAGCAGGUGGCUCACUAACUUAUUAAAUGCCCUGCACUCACAA